UGGAAGAAAAAUAUUUGAUUCCUUUAAUGAAUUGGAUAAUGCAAGAACAUCCAUAUUGGAAUAAAACUAAUGGAAGGGAUCAUAUCAUGGUUCAUCCUAUGGAUCGAGGUUCACUUUAUUAUCCAAAAAGUCAAAAUUUGAUGCUGAAUGCCAGCUUCUUAACUAUAGUUGGCGAUAAAAGAAUUUCUGGUUUUAUGGAACAUAGAUAUCGACGUAUGAGAGAUAUUGUGAUUCCUUCAGCUACUAGGAUUUUGAAAGUAGCAAAAAUUAAUCCAAGAGAUUAUGUAGAUGAUGAUGGAAAUAAGAAUAAUAGAGACAUUUUUGCAACGUUUAGGGAUGAAGCACAUCUUAUUGAUGAAAUAUUACUUUCAAUAACCGAAAAUGAAUAUCAACGAAAAAGACACCGUGUAUGGGAGAUAGGUAGUCAAAUAGAUAAAAAUCCAUGGCACUAUAUUGCACGAGAUUUAUGUAGAAUGUUAGAUCAAAUUGAGCCUAUUAAAUUAGACUUAUAA